CUCCCCUCAGCCCCGGAUCCCCGCCAAUGAAAACGCACAAAAGCGUAAAGGAGAGAGAGGGAGAGGCAGGACUCCGCUACAUACAAAGACUGAGCCAAAUCCUACACAAACAGCCACAACACAAGUUGGGGAGAACAGAAAGGCGGUCACAUUUCCUACUCACCUGCAACGUGAUUGAUGUGGGUGUUUGUAUCAGUGGGUGUGCAGCUUGUGUCAUGUCUGACAGUGUGUUCAAGGAUAUGCUGACUCCACUUUCUUGGAAUUCUUGAGAAUAGUUUAAUCUUCGCUCGUGCAACAUCACGCGCGUUUGAGCCGAGGUGCAGUGCUCAGAGCGCAGAAGGUAUCCAGGUAUCACUGGGGGAGACCAGCCAGACUAAUUCACAUCUCUCGGAGAAGAGUUGUCGUUUACUGAAAUACCUACAGAGUGCAAAAGAAAAACAACUUUACGAGCACUGGACACUUUUCGAUCAAUGCUUCCCAUUGCUGCGCUCUAUGGAGCAGGUGUUUUUCGCAAAACUCUUUCUUGACUUUAUUGCCCGUCUUCAAAAGACUUUUGCUCCAGCCUAGUGACGAGACAGACGUUCACAGACGUCUGCCAUCAAGUUUGAUCGGAGAUUUAAUCAUCAACAAGACAGAAAUGGAUAACAGCCCCGGUGGUGGAGGAGUAAUCCUGUAUGCCGGCUCCUCUGGCAGCGCCAGUCCGAGCCCUGGCAGCCCUUCCAGCGGAUACCAAACACAAUCACCUUCUUCACACUCCCAGCCCUCAUCUCCAGAGGAGGUUACCUUCACAGAGAUUGGGGCCUUGAAACAGAGGGCAUCUGGGUGCAACACUCCAUCCUCCAAACUGGUGUUCCAGUUUCCUGAAGUCUAUAGUGGUCCCUCAACACCAGCAGCUACUCCACAGCAUUCCUAUGCACACCCUAUUGCAGGGAAAAGGCCAUGCGGGUUCCCAGGAACUUUCACCAAGACGGGUGGAAUGGUCUUGCUUUGCAAAGUCUGUGGUGACAUUGCAUCUGGUUUCCACUAUGGAGUGCAUGCAUGUGAGGGAUGCAAGGGUUUUUUCCGCCGCAGCAUCCAGCAGAACAUCAACUACAAGAUGUGUGUGAAGAAUGAGAACUGUCUGAUCAUGCGCAUGAAUCGGAACCGGUGCCAGCACUGCCGUUUCAAGAAAUGCCUCUCUGUUGGCAUGUCAAGAGAUGCGGUGCGUUUUGGGCGUAUCCCUAAGAGAGAGAAACAGCGACUUCUGGAUGAGAUGCAGAGCUACAUGAACAGCCUAAAUGAGUCGGCCGCCAUGGACAUGGACUCCUCCUCAGUGAGGGAAAGUCCUACCAGCACAGAUGACAGCACCUCAAAAGAGGCCAUCGGAACCAUUUCCAGAGCCUAUCGUGACAUCUUUACCAGCAACAGCAGCAACCAGGAGAGAGCAUCCAAGGGGGGCAACAUCAUCUCCAACAAUAACACAUCUCCCUUUUCUCAGGAUGGCAAUUUUCCUCAAGUCUCAUCUCAGCCCACCUCAGCCCAGAGUUAUCAGUCUUGCCCAGUUACCCCUGCCAAUCUAUGCCCAGUUUCCUCCAAUGACAACCAACCUGCAUUUAACAAUUUGGACAACAAUCGCUAUUCCUAUUUAGUGUCAUCAAAUCAGAAUCAAAACCAGGCAAAUACUACAACACCUCAAAGGGGAGGCUCUGCCAAUCACGACAGCUUCCACACUGGAGGCAAUACCCAAAAUCAGCCCUCCUGCCCAUGGAAGGUAGCUUCAGGAGCUAAAAUUCUGGCUUGUCCUCUCAAUGCGUGCCCUGUAUCAGGGGCAGAGCGCACAAGUCAGGAAAUAUGGGAGUCUUUCUCUCAGUGCUUCACCCCUGCUGUCAAGGAGGUUGUAGAGUUUGCUAAAGGCAUCCCGGGGUUUCAAGAGCUUAGCCAGCAAGACCAGGUCAUGCUGCUAAAAUCAGGCACCUUCCAGGUUCUGAUGGUGCGGUUCUGUACCUUGUUCAAUGCUGAGGAGCGUACAGUGACCUUCUUGAAUGGCCAAACUUAUCCCCUGUCCACUUUGCGGGCGUUGGGCAUGAGCUCUCUGCUGGAUGCAAUGUUUGAAUUCAGUGAGAAGUUGGGUUCUCUGGGGCUAGAGCCUGAUGAAAUGGCCCUCUUCAUGGCUGUGGUGCUGGUCUCUGCAGACCGUUCUGGCAUUUCGGACAUGCGGGCCGUGGAGCAGCUACAGGAGGGUCUGAUCCGCGCCCUGCGUUCACUGAUCACUCGUCGUCGUCCAGACGAUACCACCCUCUUCUCCAAGCUGCUCCUGCGCCUGCCAGACCUCCGCACUCUCAACAACCUGCACUCCGACAAACUGUUGGCCUUUCGCAUUGACCCUUAAGAAGGCCUCUCUUUUACAGAGUGCACAGGAAAAAACUGUUUUGCACAGAAACACACAGUAUAUAUAUAUAUAUAUAUACAUAUGCACACACACAGAUAUUAUCUUCCAGGGGCAGGACUUCCUUCAAUAUUGAGGAACAAGGAAUUGUGCAAUCUCAUGAGUGCUUUUUUUGAAAAGGAUAAAUGAGGGCUACAGACAUAUUUUUGGCUCGCUGUUGAUCUUGUUAAAAAUAAAUAAAAAUACUUAUGUACACUCAUAAACCUCAACACCUUUUGAGAGACAUUGGUCAGUUACAAAAAAAUCAUUGUGUAGAAUUACUAGUACCAUUUUGGAAAAAUCAUUUGUGCACUUGCUCAUUAUAUCCUGUAUACUUAAGAAUAAAAGCCAGUUCGCUUCUGUUUAUUCCAUGAGUCAUACAGUAUUAUCAGAUCCUCACUAAGCAGCAGCUAAAAGAUGAAUAUUGUAUAUGAAAAAGUUUUACUUAGGGGCCACUGGUGAUGACUGACCAUGUCUCAGUUUGUGUUUAAGAGAAAGGGAAUCUGUAUAUAAUAUAUGACCCAAUCUGGCAAAAUGAGUUGGAAGUUGCAGGGGCUAAUUCUUAGCCAAAUAACAUAUGAAUCAGUGCUGUAUUGCAGGUCAUUACAGGAUGUUCUUAGCAACAAGGGAGAGAUCGAUUACAUGUUUUGAGCGCUAUUAUCGGCUACUAGUGAUGUCAUCUUAAUAUUACUUUGCAUAAAUCUAAUAUGCAAGUGAUACCUGAAAUCUUAAGGUAACUGUGUGUCACCAUUUUACAAACGUACUACCUGCAUCAGUACUGAAAUGGGAUCCUUAUUUUAACCUGUACAUGACAGGAUACAAUCGGUUUCUUUCUAAGUUUUGACUGACCUUCUAGAAAACAUUUGGUUCACCUUGAGUUUAAAUACGCCAACAUCAUAAAUCAAAAAAUGUAAUGUCUGUCACUGUAUCGUAUCACAUCUGGACUGAUGGAGAUGCUCCAUGCACAUUCGGUUUUGUAGUUCCUGUGUUUAUUUUAUUUUUUUUGUUUUUGCUGUAAAUAUUAUGUUACCCCAAAUGUUGAUGUAUCAAUUAAUGAACCGAUAUGAUGGAUCAGACAUGAGUUUGGUGUAAAGAAGAAGAAUGUAAUGACCUUCCUGUAUUUGGUGGGAAUCUGGCUAUGCCAAGGGAGCUUUGCUCAGGAGAAAGUGUAGUAGGGAUUCUCAGAAGGCUUAGACACUCUUCCUGCUAUUAGAUGACGUAACAAACCAGCAUAAUCCCUGAAAUCACCAGCACUCACUCCACGUGCACCCUUCCUCUGGCCCCAAUGUUUGUCAUACAAACACAAGAGAUUUUGUUUUUUUUUUGGGGUGGUGGGAGUUGAGAGAUCUAAUAUGAUUGGUCCUCUCACUGUUAACUUGUUUGAUUAUGGCUGAUUGAGCACAUCUUGUACAUUUUGUACAUUUUUUUCUUCCUAAAUAGAAAUGAUAAAAUGAUAUAAA